AUGUACAUCCACUUCCUGAUGAUUCAGAUCAAUAUGAGGAACCAGAAGUAUGAGGAGAGAGGUUUAAAGAAUCGCCUGCAGUCCAACAGAGAAGUGAUUGUGAAACUUGCUGAAGUGGCUUUCAAACAGCUGAUGAAGGGCAAUGUGAUGUUCUAUGAGGAGGACCUGAUUGAGAGCGGCAUCGAUGUCACUGACGCCUCAGUGUAUUCUGGGAUUUGCACUGAGAUCUUUAAGGAGGAAUCUGUGAUUCAUCAAAGGAAAGUCUACAGCUUCAUUCAUCUGAGCAUUCAGGAGUUUCUUGCUGCUUUCUAUGUGUUUAACUAUUAUGUUAGUACAACUAUUGAGGUACUAAAAAGCUUCAUUUCAGUACAAGCUUUGCUUAAAGCUGCAGUGGAUAAAGCCCUUGAGAAUAAAACUGGACAUCUGGAUCAUUUUCUGAGGUUCCUGCUGGGCAUCUCACUGGAGUCCAAUCAGAGACUCUUACAGGAUCUACUGACACACACAGAGAACAGCUCAGAGACCAUCAGGAGAACCACACAGUACAUUAAAGACAAGAUCAAAGAUGGACAUGGACUCUCCACUGAAAUAUCCAUCAAUCUGUUUCGCUGUCUGCUGGAAGUGAAAGAUCAGAGUCUCUCCAGAGAGAUUCAGGAGUUUGUGAAAUCAGACAAACACUCAGAGAAGAAACUCUCUCCUGCUCACUGCUCAACAAUCGCCUACAUGCUUCAGAUGUCAGAGGAGCCACUGGAUGAGCUGGACCUCAAGAAAUACAACACAUCAGAUGAGGGAAGAAGACGACUGAUGCCAGCUGUGAUCAACUGCAAAAAAGCUCUGUGA